AUGCCAGUUUCCAACACAGGCACGGAAGUGAUGGCUCUUGUUCAGCAGAGUCAAGUUGAUGUUCCCUGGUGUGAUGAGUUUGAGAAGAUGAUCAAGGGAGAACAUUUUCAAACUUCCAAGGACCCUCGGCUUGCAGAAUACAAAGUCAGCAUGAUGAGAAAACUACAGUCAUUCAAUGAUGCCUCUAUACCCUCGGACGCCACUCUUGCUUCGCUCGCCUCGAGGAGAAUGCAAGUGGCAAAGAGCAUGUUGGGAAAAUUGGGCACCAAAGUAAAUAUUGAGCCACCUUUUUUUGUCACUUGGGGCUGCAACAUCUUGAUUGGAGAUGGUGUCUACAUUAAUCGCAGGUGA